CGAAACUAACGUAAAUGUCUUCUUCGGGCGUAGGUAUUGACAACCUCCAGUCACCGCUCCUCCAUGAUGCGGCGGCAGUCGACGACGGCUGUUCUAACACUGAGAAGCUAACCGUGGACGGCGCUUUGCAAAAAUACUGCGGCGAGUUCGGGUGGUGGCAGUUCAGGCACUUCGUGCUGGCCAGCAUGGCGUGGGCCCUAGAGGGAAUCCACACCAUGGUCAUGGUCUUCGCCGACCGCGACCCCGGCUGGCGUUGCUCUUCUCUCUCCACCGCCUGCUCGGCGGCCGGGAACGUCUGCGGGCUCGCUCCGGGCACGUGGGAGUGGGAAGGGAGCUCCUCAGUUGCCGAGUUUGGGCUGAUAUGUGAUCAGAAAUAUCGGGUUGGGCUUGUCCAGUCUCUGUUUUUCGUGGGCUGUAUGAUCGGAGCUGGGGUGUUUGGUCACCUAUCAGACUCAAGAAUGGGAAGGAAAGGCUCAUUAACUUUGGUUUGCAUUAUGAACGCCAUCUUUGGAGUUGCAACUGCAUUCUCACCCAACUAUUGGGUCUACGCCAUCCUCCGUCUUCUCUCCGGUUUUAGCAUUGGCGGAACCGGUCUUUGCGCCUUUGUUCUAUCCACAGAGCCCAUCGGUCCAACCAACCGUGGCCUUGUCGGCAUGUCCACCUUCUACUUCUUCUCCGCUGGGAUAGUGCUUCUGUCAGCCAUAGCCUACCACUUCCAAACGUCGUGGAGAGCUCUCUACAUUGCUUCAUCUAUCCCGUCCAUUCUUUAUGUUUUUCUUGUACUCCCCUUCCUCGAAGAAUCCCCUCGUUGGUGUCUCAUUCAAG